AUGCUGCGGCUGGGAGUGGACGGUGAUGGGAAUGUCAAUCCAUCGCAAUUUUCUACAUUGAUGCGUGAACAACAGCGUAUUGCACAAGAAAAUCAACAGGCGAACAUCCAGCUCAUCAUGCGCAUGCAGGCCGACCUGCAAGAGAGGCAGCAGAAAUGGCAAGAGCAAAUGCUCCAAACAAUGCAAGCAGCAAUGUUGGCGCAUACUUCGCCGCCUUCUGUGCCUGCACCUGCGCCUGCCCCGCUGGCUCAGGCGACCGCCCCGGUGGUUGUGGUCAGCGCUGCCAUGCAGCAGCGGGAGCAGUACACCAUGAACAUCCCAGGCGCGGUGAACAAAGAGUUGGAAAAACGUACCUUUGAUUUCGAGAAGAAUGUGUCUACACUCAUGCGUACCAAGGCCGCGUUAGAGAAAGCACGCGGCGAUGUUGCUAUUUUGACAAGUAACGACAACGAUAAUUAUCCUAAUGGGGUGCGGGCCUUCAAAACGAGCUCCACUGCAACAGAACUUGAUAUUGAAUUGCCAGAAGCACGUUCUGAGGAUUUUGUUGUCAGGCUGCUGGUUCCCAGAGGGUCUUCCGUCUGGGAGGCCAUGCGGGUUGUUCACCGUGGCAUGUCGCGUUUCUUCAAAGAGUCCACCGUGAAGGCGCCGGAGACCCACGAGCAAUCGUUGAGGAGCAACGCUACUAAGGAAGAGUUCGCGAAAAUGGCCAGUACGAUUUUGGAUAACGUCACGAAACACCAUGCCACCGAGCUGGGCCUUGAGGCCCCCCUGAAGAAGCCGAUCGAGCCAUCGAUCGCGAGUGCCAAGAUUGAAACGUUGUAUUCGAAGAUGAUAGACAAGGUACAUCGCCCUGAGGAGAAAAAGAAGAAAGACGCACAGAAGGAAAAGGAGGAUCGCAUGAGGCAGGGAAAGGAAAUUUUAAAAGCGCAGCCUGAGGAGUUGUUUGCAGAAGUGGUUGCUCGGAAGGUGGACGAGCGAUUGAACCAAGAAGGGUUGAUAUCGCUGGACUCCGACAUGGGCGUGCCGCAGGCUCCGGGUACCAUUGCCGACGUCGUGAACGCAGUCAUGGAACCGCGGAGGUCAAAAAAACGGUGGGGCCCCGGGGGCAGCUCCGGGGAGCACGAAGGCUGGCGCCAAGUCCACAGGCAAGGCAGGCAAGAAAGGCAAGGGCAAGGGCGACCCUUGGCUUUGGAAAGACAAGAGCAAGGGCAAAGGCAAAGGCAAAGGCAAGCAAAAGGGUCGUCCAGGUACAGACGGUGGAAAGCGUGGGCCGCCACGCAAAGGUCCAAACACAAGGACCAGAGGGAGUCGCGGCGCCGCUGGCAGAAGGGCCAGUGGCUCGAGAGCAUGAUGCGAGGCGCGUCUUUCGCAGAUUGGCUCUCCAUCGCGCAGUACAACGCCAAAGCUUCCAAAGUUUACAUAUAUGACCUUCGGAAUGGGGCAGUCCGCCCGUCAGACGCAGUGCCUUGGCCGGUGAAGUGGUUGUUGACUAAUUUUCACCAUAAGCAUGUUUUCUGCCCUGGUAUGCUCCCCAACGUGGCGAACGUCAGAAACGAUGUGGUCUCUUUCAUUAACACGGUGCAUCACCGGUGCUGUCGCGAGGGACCCGAUGAGGAACAAACAUUGCCGUACAGGGUGCGUGGAUGGAUCACUCCCCCCUGCUCGGCAACAGUCCCUCUGGGCUUGUAA